AUGUCGAACUCUCGAUCAUGGCAAUUGUUGCCGCCGGACCUGGUGGAGCUUCAGAUCGGACAAGUCGACCUCCUCAUGGCCAUGUACCCCGACGAAGUGAAACUGGAUGAAAGCUCAGAGGCGCUGCUUGAUACUCUACGUGAGGGGUCCAACGAUGAUCCGAGUGCUACCUUCAGUGCGCCGCCGACGAUCUCCAUCCCGCUGCGCCUACCGAUACCAACAUCAGAAUCUGAUAACGCGACCCAAGAAUCCUUAUUGUUAAAUCUUACAGUACCCUUUAUGUAUGAAGGAAGCUCACAACCAGAGGAACCUCCUCAAAUCAAAGUGCGAAUACAGCAAGCCUCAUGGAUGAGCAGAGCAACUACAUCCAAGCUCAUGGACGAGGUUUCGGAGACUGAAGAUCUGCUCGGCACCCUCGAGUUCAUAAAAGAAGCGACGGCGUUACACCUUAAGCGUUUUGCAGACCUGGCUGCCGAUAAGCUAUCACCAGACUCUGUAGUCGAUGAGACGUAUUCCCUCGUACGUGUGUGGUUCUAUUUCCCUAGCAUCAGCACACGGUCGAAACGCGACGAUUUUGUCCAGCUAGCACCUCAGUAUAACCUCACGGGUUUCCUUUAUGCAGGCAAGCCAGGCCUUCUUUGUGUCGAGGGCAGUUCUACGAGCAUCGAUCUCUACAUGCGCUACAUCAAGACCGAGAGCUGGGGGGACAUUCCUGCGCACCACAAGAAAGUCAGCGAACGAUACCGAGAAGAAAGUGCAACGAGAGCCUUCUCGGACAUGACCGAAAUCACGGAUAGUGUUGGGGAACGAAGAGGACACAGGAUGAACAGAUCUGACAUGAAAGCUAUUGAGGAUUGGCUUGUAGAAAGAGGAUUGGGAGAUGCAUUCACGAAGGUUUUGAUGUGA